UGCGCACGCGCGUCGGCGGUGGAGGAGGAACCGCGGCACCGACGGGCGGUCGAGUGAGGGAGCUGCAGGCGGGUGGGUCCGGCAACUCCUUGGGAGGCCGAAGCGGGAGGACGGGCGGGUGCUGGGGACCGAGCUUCUGCUUGCGGCCGGCAGUUUCCGUGGGUUUGUGAAGAGAUCGGCGGCCCCUGCGGGCGACAGUCAGCUUUAAGAAAAAGUAGAGAUCACUUCUGACUGUACUGAACAGCAAAAAUUAAGUGACUCGAUAAUUGCAUAUCAUGGCACUGCCAUUCCGGAAGGACUUAGAAAAGUACAAGGACCUUGAUGAAGAUGAGCUCCUUGGGAAUCUAUCAGAAACAGAACUGAAACAACUAGAAACUGUAUUGGAUGAUCUUGACCCAGAGAAUGCCCUUCUGCCUGCAGGGUUCCGGCAGAAGAACCAGACAUCGAAGUCUGCCACAGGGCCAUUUGAUAGAGAGCACCUCCUUUCAUAUUUGGAGAAAGAAGCAUUGGAGCAUAAGGACAGGGAAGACUAUGUGCCCUACACUGGAGAAAAAAAAGGGAAAAUAUUUAUCCCCAAACAGAAACCUAUACAGACUUUUACAGAAGAAAAAGUAUCUCUUGAUCCAGAAUUAGAAGAAGCUUUGACAAGUGCUUCAGAUACAGAAUUGUGUGACCUCGCAGCUAUUCUUGGGAUGCACAAUUUGAUAACGAAUACACAGUUCUGUAAUAUAGUGGGAAGUAGUAAUGGCGUUGACGAAGAACAUUUUUCAAAUGUGGUCAAAGGUGAAAAGAUUCCUCCAGUAUUUGAUGAGCCACCAAAUCCAACCAACGUGGAAGAGACUUUGAAGAGAAUUAAAGAAAAUGAUGCUCAUCUUGUUGAAGUUAAUUUGAAUAAUAUAAAGAAUAUCCCAAUUCCAACCCUAAAAGAUUUUGCAAAGGCUUUGGAAACCAACACACAUGUGAAAUGUUUCAGUCUUGCAGCCACCCGGAGCAAUGACCCUGUUGCUGCUGCUUUUGCAGAAAUGCUGAAAGCGAACAAAACUUUGAAGAGCUUAAAUGUGGAGUCUAACUUUAUCACAGGAGCUGGGAUUCUAGCACUCAUUGAUGCCUUAAGAGAUAAUGAAACCCUGGCAGAGCUCAAGAUUGACAAUCAGAGGCAGCAGUUGGGGACAGCUGUAGAAUUGGAAAUGGCCAAGAUGCUUGAAGAAAAUACAAAUAUCCUUAAGUUUGGAUAUCAGUUUACACAGCAGGGACCACGAACCAGGGCAGCUAAUGCUAUAACAAAAAACAACGACUUAGUGCGUAAGAGACGAGUUGAAGGAGACCACCAGUAAGUCUGCCAAGGUAUAAUCUUUGGAAGACUUCAGAAGAUCACCAAGGGCUCAUGUUGGUGACAUCAGAUGUAAAAUUUUCCUGAGUAGAAGGGAAAAGACUGGAAAAGGUUUUUUAAUGACAUGCAUUUUUUUUUUUUUAGUUUAAGUUGUUAUUAGUUUCAAAUUGUAAAAUCAAUAAUAAGGUGAUUUUUUAAUAUUCUGAAACAUUUUUACUUUCUGCUAAAAUCAAUUUUAAUUUAGCUUAAUUGAAUGAUUGAUGAUGAAUCUUAGGCAAAAAAAUAUAAUUGUAAAAAAUUUUACAAGUCAUUUGUGUAGAAUAAUUUGAACAUUAUGAGGACCAACUUUUUUAAAUCAACAGGGAUAUUGCUGGUAUCAGAAUUGCUAUUGCUUCAUUUAGAUAUAAAAUGCUUAAGAGCUUUCCUCAUUCUGUGACCUGGAGACUUUUCCAUUUUUUAAAAUACAUGAACUUGGCAACAGUGUGAUUUUUCUUUAUCAAGAGAACAAAAUGCCAGAAUUCAUAAAUGGUUGACUCAAAAUCUGGUCAUUUGUGUAGGAGCUAAAGCAGGUCUCCAGGGAGAGAUGAUGGUCAUCUGUGCAUUUCAGGUUGCUGCACUCGUCUGAUGUGACACAGCAACACCUAGGUUUUCUUAAAACAAAGUCAUCAGCUUUACCAGGUUACAUACUUUGUUUAGAAGCAUUAGUGAGGUCUAAGUUCAUUCCAGUGUUUCAUUUUAAUAAUGUGGGCAUUAAAUUUUUGUGAAAGCUAAUGGUAAAAAGCACCUAAAUACAGAAGCUCUUUUCCUCCCCAUAAAAAAAGGCAUACAGCCAACUCUUAGUUAUUUAGGGUAAGAAAAAAAGAAAGCUGUUAAACAAUGAAAUCAAAGAUAAUAAAUAUGAUGGAAUUCCAGUAUGAGGCACUUGCAAAACAGUCAUUUAAACUGAUGGUUACUGUAAGUCAUUUAGAAGCUGACAUGUAUGUAAAUUACUUGGUGUUACAUAGUAUCCUAAGAAGUAUAUGCAGUGCAGAAUUGCAUAAAUAGUAUUUAAUCACUUCUACAAAUCUUCCAACCAAGAAGGAAAACUGCUGUUCUUCAUAAAUCUGAUUUUUAGUAUAUGCUUCCUUUCAUCUUAUACUUUUAUCUAUAUUUAUAAAAGUCAUUUCUAUAAUAAAGGCGGUCUUUCUUGGUCAAAGUAUUAAAGUGAACAAUUGAAUAUAGUACUGUGGUCGGGAAAAUGAUUUGAGACUGCAGAGCUGAUGCUGGGUAGAGGGUUUGGACUUGUUUUGUGUCCUGUCUCAGGGCAGCCCCUGGAGCAGGAGGUGGCAGAGGCAUUUAUAGCUGCAGAAAACAGGGAGGAAUGGAGUCUGAGGUAACCCUCGCCUCAGAAUUCAGGCCUGGCUGUAUUAUUUACAGAGAUUUUUCUGAAGGGAAGAAUCUCAUUUCUGAGGGUGGGAGUGGGGUGACUUGUCAUUAUUAAUUUUUUUUUUUAACUUUGGGCUGGGCGUGGUGGCUCACUCCUGUAAUCCCAGUACUUUGGGAAGCCAGGGUGGAUCAUUUAAGGUCAGGAGCUCGAGACCAGCCUGGCCAACUUGGUGAAACCCCAUCUUUACUAAAAAUUAAAAAAUUAGCCAGGUGUGGUAGUGUGCGCCUGUAAUCCCAGCUACUCAGGAGGCUGAGGCAGGAGAAUCGCUUGAACCUGGAGAUGGAGGUUGCAGUGGGCCAAGAUUGCACCACUGCACUGCAGUCUGGGCGACAGAGCAAGACUCUUCCUCAAAAAAACAAAAAAUCUUUGAAAUUGAAUUGCAGUAUGUCUGCUGCUUUGGCUUGGGCUGGACAGUUUCUCUUUUUCUCUUUUUUCUUUUUUUUUUUGAGACGGAGUUUCGCUCUUGUUAUCCAGGCUGGAGUGCAAUGGCGCGAUCUUGGCUCACCGCAGCCUCCACCUCCUGGGUUCAAGCAAUUCUCCUGCCUCAGCCUCCUAAGUACCAGGCAGCUUCUUGUGUGCUAUGGUAAUACGCUUUCUUAACAGGCUAAGCUUCACUCAUAAGAACUGUGGUGUGUUUCUUUGGUUUUUUUUUUUUUUUUUUUUUUUUUUUUUUUUUGAGACGGAGUUUCACUCUUGUUACCCAGGCUGGAGUGCAAUGGCGCGAUCUCGGCUCACCGCAACCUCCACCUCCUGGGUUCAAGCAAUUCUCCUGCCUCAGCCUCCCGAGUAGCUGGGAUUACAGGCACGCACCACCAUGCCCAGCUAAUUUUUUGUAUCUUUAGUAGAGACGGGAUUUCACCAUGUUGACCAGGAUGGUCUCGAUAUCUUGACCUCGUGAUCCACCCGCCUCGGCCUCCCAAAGUGCUGGGAUUAUAGGCUUGAGCCACCGCGCCCGGCCUUGUUUUGUUUUUUAAAUGAGUAUCCAAUGUUUUAUAGGGGUCAAAGAUUAACUUUGCACUAUUCCCUUUCAGUUAAAGGCCACUGAUACUUUUCCAAGUUAGCAAGGCUUACUUGCUUGCUUUAUUGCUUCCCUUCCUCCAUCCCUCUCCCUUCCUACCUUCUCUAUUUCCCUGUUUCUCUCCCUCCCUCCUUUCUUCUCCCCUCUUUUUUUUUUUCAUAUGCAGCUUUUGGAUUGUACUUGAUUUUAUAGAGACUGCACAGUUCCAACAAGAUUGGGAGUCAGGCGUGGAGCAGGCAUCUCAGGCUACCAGAAAGAAUUGGUCACAUAGACUUUCAGUCUGGCAUCCUCGUUUGCGUUGUCCCAUAAGGCAAUCAAUUGAUAAAUAGUUAAUUCCCCCUUCGUCUCUUAAGUUUUUGUUUUGUUUUGUUUUUAAUAUAGGUAGAUGGGACUCUACCUAGACUUUUGUAUCAUACUUAUGGUAAUAUCUUUUUCAUUUAUUAUUUAUCAAAGUAUGAAGUUGAGUAUUUUGCUUGUACCAUUUCAGUUUUGCAUUAUAAUAGUUCAUUGUAUAACUGAAAGAAAGGAUUUCUUCAUAAAUAACAUUAAAUAUGAACAGUCAUCCAAUUGAAUAUAGAAAAUCUUUCAAAAAUUGAGGGAGAAAAAUUGUGUUUACUUCGAUCUUUAAAAAUUUGGCACCUCUUAGUAACUUUCAGUAUUUCUUAAUUGCUCUAAAAUUUUAUGAUAAAUAGAUUAGGAUUUUGCAAUAGUCAAUUUUUAAGCCAAAGGUUUUCUGAGACCUUCGGUUUUGUAGUCUAACCAGCUUAUCUGGUUAUAUAAAAGAAUAUUCUUUACAUUUUUAAAUUGCUAUUUUUAAAAAAGCUUUUUAUAACUCGUUUUAUAAAAUGUUAUAUUCAUAUUUGUCUGAAUUUUUCCAGUAUGCCUACAUGAUAUUGUAUGUUUUAAAAACUCAAUAUUAGUGACAAAUAUUAGUACUACUAAAAUGGAUUUUGGUGCUAUAUUCUUGUAGCUAAAGCCUAGUAGAAGUCUCAAGAAUAGCUGAAAUACACUUUCAAAGGUUGCCUGUCAUUUAAAAGACCAAAUAAGAAUGUUGUAUUACAUUAAUUAGUGGAUGGUUAGAGACUUCAAGGAGAGUUAGCUUGGUCAUUUAGUUGAGACUUCAUGUUAUUUGAAUGAAAUAACCCACAUCCUUGCCUUUUAUAAGAGGUGCACUCUGGAGAAGUUACAUGUAAAUAGAACUCUAUAAAUUGUUUUGCAGUUCACCGAGUAUCUGAUGUGUUUUCAUUUAAAAAGAGGAUUCCAUGAUAUAAUAAAAUUAUUUUUAAAAAAGUUUUGAUAAAAUGUUACUCAUGUCAUAUUGUACAUUAUAUUUAACUCUUGCUGUCUUUAAAAUAAGAUGAAAGCAUUUAUGGAAUUUUUAAAAAUCUUACAUUUUAGGGUCUGUGUUCCAAAGGCUGCCUCACUUUUUCCAUGUAAAACCAGGAACCACUGUUAACCUCCCAGCAGAUCAAAGGAUCAAACUUUCUCUGGAGUCCAUAGCCAGUACUAUCCAAUUUCACUCAUUUUACAGUGCUACUGCACUUUGAAUAUAUUGACUGACCCAUGACAUCCAAGAGAAGCAAACAUGGAUGCACUAGUGACAACUCAGGUUGCUGCUAUCAGUUAAGGGCUGUCAGUUCUUGGGGUCUACGUAUCUGUAAAAUUAUCCUCUUCGUCAGCUCUCACUGAUCAUUAAUGUUUCUGGAUAUUUCUUAUCCUAAGACUUGCUUACCAGCAAAUCAAAGAAACUCUUCACUAAUUAUUUUUAAAUUAAGAAAAUACUAUUCAGAGGCAAAGGUUUUUAUAUUCUUUUUUGUAACCGAGUCUCGCGGUGUUGCCCAGGCUGAAGUGCUGUGGCACGAUUUCGGCUCACUGCAACUUCUGCCUCCCAGGUUCAAGUGAUUCUCCUGCCUCAGCCUUGCGAGUAGCUAUGGUUACAGGCACCUGCCACCAUGCCUGGCUAAUUUUGGUAUUUUUUAGUAGUGACGGGGUUUUACCAUGUCGGCCAGGCUGAUCUGCCCGCCUCAGCCUCCCAAAGUGCUGGGAUUAUAUGUGUGAGCCACUGCACCUUGCCUUAUUCUUAUAUUUCAAUUUGGUCAUUCUUUCUUAUGUCUACAGAUUGAGCAUCCCUAAUUGAAAACUUUCUGAGUGCUAACAUAGUGCUCAAAGGAAAUGCUUAUUGGAGCCUUUUGAAUUUUAGAUUUUCAGAUUAGGGAUGCUGAACUGUACAAUGCCCUGAAUUCCAAAAUCCAAAAUAAUUUGAAAUCUGAAAUACUUAGGGUCCCAGCAUUUUGGAUGAGGGAUACUCAACCUGUAUUGAUUUUUCUCUACUGUAAUACCAUUUUAUAAGUUCUUCCCUAUAACAAUUGAAUGAAUUAGAAAUUUAAUAAUAAAACAUAUUUUAUUAAUUUUAAAUUCUGUCUUGUAGACUGCUCAUUCAGAAAGGUCAACCUAGAUUUCCUAGGAAACUUCUAGGAGAAAUGACAUGGCUAAGUAAACUGUUAUAAGCGAUAACAAAGUAUUUUGGAAAGCCUUCAUUAACAUAUGAAGAAUUUUGGCCAAGUACUGUGGCUUAAGCCUGUAAUCCUAGCACUUUGGAAGGUGAGGCGGACAGAUCACUUGAGCUCAGGGGUUUGGGACCAACCUGGGCAACAUGGCAAAACCCCAUCUCUACAAAAAAUAAAAAAAUUAGCCGGGCGCAGUGGCGCAUGCCUGUAGUCCCAACUACUCGGAAGACUGAGGCAGCAGAACUGCUUGAGGUUUCAUUAAGCCGAGAUCAUGCCACUGCACUCCAGUGAGGGAGUGAAACCCUGUCUCAGAAAAAAAAAAGAACCUGUAGUCCUAGCACUUUGGGAGACCAAGCAGGGAGGAUUACUUGAGCCCAGGAGUUUGAGACCAACCUGGGCAACACAGCAAGACCCCAUCUUUACAAAAAAUUUAAAAAUUAGCCAGGCACCUGUCGUGCCAGCUACUUGGGAGACUUAAGUGGGAGAAUCACUUGAGCCUGGGAGGUUGAAGCUGCAGUGAGCUUUGAUAAUGCCAUUGCAUUCCAGCCUGAGUAACAGAGUGAGACUGUCUCAAAAAAAAGUGUUUUUUUGUUGUUGUUGUUGUUGUUUUUGUUUUUUACUUAGGACACCUGCUCUAGAGGCUAGAUAAAAAUAGAUUAUAAUGACCAGGCACAGUGGCUCAUACCUGUAAUCCCAGCACUUUGGAGGCUGAGGCGGGUGGAUUACUUGAGGUCAGGAGCUCGAGACCAGCCUGGCCAACAUGGCGAAACACCAUCUCUACAACAAAUACAAAAAAUUAGCUGGGCAUGAUGGUGCGCACCUGUAAUCCCAGCUACUCAGGAGGCUGAGACAGGAGAAUUGCUCAAACCCGGCAGACGGAGGUUGCAUUGAGCCGAGAUCAUGCCAUUGCAUUCUAGCCUGGGUGACAGAGUGAGACUCCAUCUCAAAAUAAAAAAAUAGUAAGAAACACCUCGAGCAGUGUUUUGCUAAUAUAGCUGUAACAAGUUAUUAUAUUUUUAAGAUAAUCAGACACCUCUUUGAGUCUACAUAUAUGAGGUUUUACUCUCUUUUCUACAGUUUGUUUUACUUGAUGCAAAGCAAGUAAUUGGCCUACAGCUUUUCGGAUAUUAUGGUCUAUACAUUCAGAGAGUAAGGUUUAAGAAUGAAUUAUUGGUGCUUCUUGGUGGGUAUAUAUAGCAGUUUUUAGAAGUUUAAAUUUCACCUAUACUCAUAAAGAUAAGCUUUUGAUUCAGUGGUUUCAAAUUUUUAGAUCAAUCCGUUUAAGAAUUGUUUUUUAAAACAUGUAUACACAUACAGCAUAAAAACAUUUGUAUUUCAAAUAAAUGUCUUUUCAGUUUUUUGGAUGAAUUUUAUGUGGUUUUAGUUACAUUUAAAAGCUUAAAAAUUACCUUUGUAACAAUAAUUUGAACAUCAUUGUCACAUGAAAUCAGGUAUUUAUAUUUUUUCUAAUGUUAAAAUAUCCAACAUUGUAAUAGCCUUUUUUAUAAAUAUAAAAGCAAUAAAUUUUAACAUCAAUAUUUAAAUAAUACAAAAUCUUAUCAACCAAAUUUAUAACAGCACAGUGAAGUUUCUUUUGAAGACUAUGUACUAGAAACAUUUAAAACUUACCGAUAUAUACUGGGAUAAAUCAUUUCAAUAAAGUUUAGCAAAUGUUCUGUA